AUGGAUCCUUCUAAAUUGGAAUUAUUGUUUGAACGACAAAUGAAAUUGAUGGAAAUGUUCGUCAACCAACAGACUGGUCCAGCUUCACCUUCAAGCAAUCCCAAUCAUACCAUGCUAACAUCUGUCGACAGAAUUGUGAACAGUAUUUCACAGUUCAACUUUGACCCAGAUGCUAAUGUCACUUUUGACACAUGGUAUCAGCGUUAUGAGGACUUAUUCACUGUUGAUCUCGCCUCACAAGACGAUGCCUGGAAGGUGCGAGUGUUGUUACGUAAAUUGGGUCCGGCAGAAUAUGAACGGUACUGCAACCUAAUUUUACCCCAGAAACCACGUGACAAGUGUUUCGAUGAUACAAUAAAGCUGCUGCGUGAACAUUCUGGAGACCACUCCUCAUUAUUCAGCACACGUUAUCGUUGCCUCAAGCUGACAAUGAAUGAAAAUGAUGAUUUUCUUACUCACGUUGGCACAGUCAACCGAGAAUGUGAGAGAUUUCGACUCAGGUCCUUAACAGAUGAUCAAUUCAAAGCCUUGAUUCUCAUAUGCAGUCUUCAAUCUCCUCGUUUCACAGAUAUCCGAACUCGACUGCUCAAUCAGCUAGAACAAAAUCCUAAGUUAACAUUACAUGACAUAGCUGAUGAAUAUCAACGGCUGAUUAAUCUGCAGAAAGACAUACACCUGGUCGAAUCAACACCUUCCAGAAGCUCUGAUAUUCAUGCAUUACGAAAGAGCAAAAAUCUCUCAUCAUCUACUCCUGACCCACCUACUUUCUCUAAUGUUCCACGGAAAUCUACACAUACUCGUCCAACUUCACAAAAUACUGCAAAGAGGACCCCACCAUCUGUAUCGCGGUUCGUUCAACGUUUGCGUUACAUUUUUACGUGAUUCGUUACAUAAAAUUUAUCUUGUUGUAGUACUUGCACAAGUACUAUACCACUUCCAUACUUGUAACCACUAACUCUUAUUUCUAAUAGUUAUGGUUAAUCAAAGUAAAAAGCAGCGAACCCAAUCCCCUGUAAAACUGGUGUCUAAUUUAACGUCCUUGAUUGCUACAUCAAGCAACACACCCCCAACAAACGGCUAUAGUGAGUCACAUAACUCACGUGUAUGCCGUAAGCGUCGAGCUGAAACUGAGGAUAAAACUGUACUGACAGCCAGUAUUAGCACUACUCCUAAAAAUUCGGUACCCUCUGCUCAUACAGAACUCCUCCCUUCACCUUAUGUGCUUAUGGAGAAACUCCAGCCAUCAAGCUCUUUUUCAGUACUAUCUUCAGAAAUAGAACUUCUAAAGUUGUCUAUAGGAGAACUUAAGGCUGAGUUAAGGGAAAUAAAAAACAGCAAGUCAGUAAAUGCUGGAAACAUCGAAACCAAUACCGAGAUAUGCAAAUUAUCAGAUCAGAUCAGCGAUAUCAGAUCGCAGGUCUGUGGACUGACACCUCUAACUAUCCUCAUGAAAACGGUAAACCUUAACAAGCUUGACACAGAAUCGGUAACUAAGGUAGAUAACCUCAUUAACUUUGUUACCACAGAAGUAACAAAACGACUCGACGCAAAACUCAGUGCUAUUGUCUACAACGUUCCGGACAAUGAGGCAAUAAAAAAGGUACAGCGCAUCUUACUUAGUGAAGCGAAAAUGCCUAACUCCAAGACUAAGUGCUACAGGCUGAAGAAGAGUCAACAUGAAAAGUGCUGUCCUAUUCGAUUUCAGUUCGAAACACCGGCAGAGACCAGAAAAUUCAUUCACUCCCAACACACCCUAUCGCAAGCCAGAAACUACAAACAUAUAAAGGUCGGGGUGGACAAAACAGUUAUAGAAAGGCGCGCACACAACUAUCUCACUAAGACUAAUUGUGAAAUAGGUAAUAGGACAUUGCAGCAAGCCAUUAUCCCCAACCCUGUGAAAGAUACAGUAGACCCCACCGCAUCACCCCUCUCAAAACACACAGAAAUGUCCCAUCAGAGUGCAACACCAGCCGAAAGGCCACUAGACUGUAACCAAAUAAAUAAUAAAACCAUACCACCCAUCACCGCAGAAUCUAAAAUGCCACUAAA